CGAUGGCUCCAUUCCCCAGCAUUUGAGACUUUUCUUCCCACAGACACAUUCCUGAGGACACCAGUCAUGGGUAAAGAACUCCACUGGGGUCAGCGUUGGAUCCCACUAGGCAGUUUAGGACUUGUAAGUAGAGUAGUGUGGACUUGGUGUUCCCAGAGCCUCUCACUCAUGAUUCAUGGCUCUCCACCCCAAGCAUCGGAACUUGCCCAACUUCACCACAGAAGGAAACAGACUGUAAGCUUGGAGGGCCAGGGAGGAAACCAGAGGCAUGUGUGGGAGGGUUAGAAACAUGAAAAGAUAUUUACAGUAAGGUUCGCUUGUCAUCCUCUUGGACUGGGGGUGCAUAGAGUACAAUAAGACCCCAUGUGAGUAUGUUAGAUGAUAAGGCUCAGGUUGGAUGGGUGUGUAGAGUAAAGGCUUUGCAUCACCUUUGCCAGGGUGAGGGGAGUCUAUGGAUAGCACAGGGGACCUUGAUGAUGGGGUGAGGGAGCCCAUGUGGACAUAGUGGUCACCAACUACUUCCUAGUUCUCUACAUGGGAGAAAGAGCCCUUCUCUGUAAUCAUGGAAGCUCAAGUUCUUGAUGGUUCAGAGGUUAGGGACCUCUGAUUACUAGGACAGAGCAGAAUAGCAGGGCUGGUCCUGGUAGAUCAGACAUCUCAUGACAUCCUUUAAAAGGGACUAGAAUAUUCAGAACUCUGGUGUAACUAAAUCAUCCUCAAGCUUUACCAGCAGGUGAGCAAGAUCCCAUUGUAUUUGGUACUCACACCCCCCCAAUUCUGUAAAAGUUUGCCAACUUUCCCCUCCAUCCCCCACACCCUUUCACGAAAAGAUAUGCCUAAGAGUUCCCAAGAGGCAUCUAACAUAGGCCUGCAUGUCAGCCCACUCUUCUGGGCUGAGCUGCUGCACUGUUGCUGGCCUUGAUGGCUGAACCUGAUCCCUGUCGUGGCACCCACCACUCUUUCUCAAGCCUUGAUACCUUGGCAGGCUUUGGCAAAAAGAGGAGAGCUGUUCUUCCUCGGCAUUGUGUUCACUUAGCAGGGGUCCCACAGCAGGGUUGCUUGGACCCCAGAGUAUUGUAGGGCUUAAUAAGACCAGCCCUUUCAUCUCACACGCUCUAUCCUUUCUCUCACUGGUGCACCCACGUCAGGUGUCUGAGUGGGGAGUGCUCGAAUAUCUGCCACCAGCUUGAGUCAGAACCCCAACUUCCCUCAGCUUUUCAGGGUCUGUUACUGAGUCUGGUCCACACUCCAGGGUCUUUUCCUCACGGUCUGGUCUUUUUCAGGUGCCCACCUUUCCUCCCUGCAAACUGCCUUGAGUUGCCUCCCCUUCUCCCUUCCUUCCUGGUCUGUCAGAGGCAUCUUGUCUGGGUGCAUAUUUGAACCCCAUCAGUAGACAGAAAACAUGUAUUUCCUUGAGGGCCCCUCAGACCCCAGGUACAAACAUUGAAGUAAAUAACAGCAGGGAUGGGGGUUCUGCCUCGCUUCACCUGCCAGCCAUGUGCAGACCUUGUUUCUGUCCAACUGAGACUUUAGCGAGUGCUUCAUUCUGGUUUGUGAAUGGCUUCCCAGUGUCUGUCACUGUGUUCACAGGGCCACCGGGGUUGGCUGAGUCAGAAUACCAGCCACGUGGCAUGUCCCAUGGGGCAAGAGCUGUGCUGCCCAUGGGAGCCCAAAGAAGGAGCACACUGAGGACCAACACCAGGGAAUAAAGCCUUAGACAGUCGCCAAGGAAACAGGCUGAGAUUUUGGAAAUAUCUGAAACCACGGAGAAAUUUCCAGAAAAAAAUCAAUGUCUUAGUCAAGACUGAGGUUAACCUUAUCUGCAUCAAGAAAACGAGAAAUCGAGUUCCUCCUCUAACCAUCGCAGCUCUGAAGACACCUCGCUGGAGACCCCAUGUUGACUGAAACAAAACAAAACAAAAGGGCCACUGGAUGUCUGCCUUCUUGGGGGGUGAGCCAGACAGACUGACAAACAAACAGCCCCAACUGUGUUCGGGGGAGGGUUUCGCCUCCCGUUUUGCCCGGCAGCAGCAGCAUGGACGUGUUGGCUAGUUAUAGUAUAUUCCAGGAGCUACAACUUGUCCACGACACCGGCUACUUCUCAGCUUUACCAUCCCUGGAGGAGACCUGGCAGCAGACAUGCCUUGAAUUGGAACGCUACCUACAGACGGAGCCCAGGAGGAUCUCAGAGACCUUUGGUGAGGACUUGGACUGUUUCCUCCACGCUUCCCCUCCCCCGUGCAUUGAGGAAAGCUUCCGUCGCUUAGACCCCCUGCUGCUCCCGGUGGAAGCGGCCAUCUGUGAGAAGAGCUCAGCAGUGGACAUCUUGCUCUCUCGGGACAAGUUGCUAUCUGAGACCUGCCUCAGCCUCCAGCCGGCCAGCUCUUCUCUAGACAGCUACACAGCCGUCAACCAGGCCCAGCUCAACGCAGUGACCUCAUUAACUCCCCCAUCGUCCCCUGAGCUCAGCCGCCAUCUGGUCAAAACCUCACAAACUCUCUCUGCCGUGGACGGCACGGUGACGUUGAAACUGGUGGCCAAGAAGGCUGCUCUCAGCUCCGUAAAGGUGGGAGGGGUCGCAACAGCUGCAGCAGCCGUGACGGCUGCGGGGGCCGUUAAGAGUGGACAGAGCGACAGUGACCAAGGAGGGCUAGGGGCUGAAGCAUGUCCCGAAAACAAGAAGAGGGUUCACCGCUGUCAGUUUAACGGGUGCCGGAAAGUUUAUACAAAAAGCUCCCACUUAAAGGCCCACCAGAGGACUCACACAGGUGAGAAGCCUUAUAAGUGCUCAUGGGAGGGAUGUGAGUGGCGUUUUGCACGAAGCGAUGAGCUCACGAGGCACUACAGGAAACACACAGGUGCAAAGCCCUUCAAAUGCAACCACUGCGACAGGUGUUUUUCCAGGUCUGACCAUCUUGCCCUCCACAUGAAGAGACAUAUCUAAAAAACCGAAAGGCCAGAGUUGCCAUGGCAUCGGCUAGUGUCUAAAGGAAACGCCAUGAGGCAGGGGGCUGGACUUCAGGCGGGGACCCAUUGCCUCGCAGAAGAAAGUUCUCACUUAUAAACCUCUGUACACACACACACAUAUACACACACUCACAGACCCACACACAUACACACUGUCAUGCACUCAACUAUAUUUAAAAUAUAUACGUCUAUUCUUUAUGCCUUGCCCUAGCCAGAUGGAAGAAGAUGAAGAAGGAAACCAGGUGAACUCAGCAAGGCAGACUGGCUGCUUACUUCAGCACUAUUGGAAUUAUUUCCCGCUGUUGCCAAUGGAAAUCAAAGAAAAUGGAUGUGACGUCUGUGCAGGUGGACGGCAGUCCGAGGGGCUUAUUUAACUUGCUUCUGAGUGCAACUUGAUAGGAGAAUCCAGCAUCUUAAAGUUGCAUAUGUGUAGCACUAAUGUUUCUUUUUAAAUAGUUGGGGGAAAAUGACCUAGAAAACCAAAUUGCAGUUUGGUAGCCAAAAUUAACUCUUGGUUUAUCUGUCCUUUGUGUGUGAAAAGUCCUACUAUUCCGUGCGUCAGACUUCCUCACAGAACUGUUGACUGGUUUUGGUUCUUAGUACUAUUGAGAUAUUUCGCGUCGAUCCCAACGGCCUUAGCGGCGGCAGACUGGAAUAACACCUUACACCUUUCUGGCCUGCAUUUCUGUAGACUUCACUCUCAAGGGAGGAGUUUUCUUUUCUUACUUUUUGACUUUUGCACACCAUAUGCACUAGGGAUUCUGGAAACUUCUAGCAUGACUGCAAAGUGGCCAAGAGAAUAAAGUCCUUGAUGAUAAAUCACAGUAUAUCCCUUGAGCCUCACCUUAUUGCCAGUGCUAGAUUUUUUCUUUUUAAUCUCUCCGUUUUUGCUAACGAAAACUUGAAAAGCUUAUUUGGAAGCUUAAAUGUUUUAUCUUUUCUCCAUGGACUAAACCUCUCCAGGACUCUCUCGGCACCUGGAUGUCCAGCUCUCGAAGCAGCCAAUCAGAUGGGACAUCACAGUUCUCUCAUCCUCCUUGAGGCAUGAUGACCUCAGCUCAUAGUGAUCAACCGUUGUGCUGUGUGUCAUUGCUACCCCAUAACCAGUUACAGCAUAGAUGUCGCUAGUCUCAGAGGGCAGCUGCGUAUUUAAUUUAACUCUGGUUUAUGACCUGACAAAAAGCCAAAAAUAUCACUCUUUCCAGGAGUGGGGAAAACUGAGGAUGCCUCCCAAGUCUAGUGGCUUCACAAAAGAUCAUCCUAUCUUCUCUGUCAUGCCCACUGAGCUCCUAUUCCCCUACUUGUUACAAUACACAAUUUAAAACGCCAUUGUGGGAGUGAAGGGUUGACAUUUAAGGAAAAGGUUGAGGUGUUUCUCUCAUGGGCUGUCUAAAAGGAGAGACACGUUUCUUUCUUUCUUUUUUUUUGGCUAGGCCCACCGUGACUUGUGACCUAGAACCCCCAGGAUUAACAGAGGCCUCACAUUUACUCUGCAAGCUGACUCCAAAGGAGUCUACAGUCCUUACUUGUCAUACUACACACACACAUCCAAUAGUGGUCUCUGUCUACCCGCAUUCCUAGCUAGCUGGCACUGGCCUCAACUCCAAAGACUGCCUUUAGGACCAUCAAAUGGCCUAUGCAAGCAAGCGGGGUGGUUAUUAGGACAGAUUGUAUAUUUUGUAUAUUCUGGGACCAUCCCUUCAAGACACGUCUAUAAAACAAAAAUGGCGCUUGGUCCACACACGGUUGCUGCUCCCUCCUACCAGCUGGCUCCCCUCCUGUCCUCCUUUGACUGUUUGACUCAUUGACUGUUAAAAUGCCACCCCAUACAUAUUUGGGAUGCAAAACUGAAGUCAAAAGGAAACAAUAAUAUAAGAAACACAAACACAUAUAUGACAGCAACCUUCAAGAUCUGGGUUUUCAGCUUUCUGCAACCUUUGUUUUCACUGAAAUGUUGAAACUACUCGUCUGAGGGCAAAGGAACCUCCUCACAAAUGCUGUAGCUGCCAAUUGGACACUUGGGGCAUUUCGAGGUCUGGCCCUAAGAAUUUACUUUCUCCUUUUCCUUUUUUCUAUUUAGACCAAAAAAAAAAAACAAAAAACAAACAAACAAAAAAAAAACAAAAAAAACACAAAAUAAUACAAAACGAAAAAAAAAUAAAAGAACACCCAUUAACACACACACGCACACACACACAAAAUCUGUCCAUUUGCCGGAGGCAACUGUAUGUAUGUUAGUUGGAGGGUAUUAAAAAAAAAAUCAGUUUUAUUCCAAAGAUUUAAAACUAGACAUGACUUAAAAACAAUUUCUGGAGCACUGCUUGCUGACAAUCUCGUAGUUCUCUUCUGCAUUUGAGUGCAUUUUGUGGCCAGUCCAUCAGGGCGUACCAUGGGAUUAUAUUUGAAUGUGUGGUGCAUCCUUCCUGGAUGAAGGAUGUGUGAGGGACCUUGAACCUCAGCUGUAUUAAACUGUAGCGCCUCCAGUCAGUGCACUAGAUGAAACUUUUAGACACCCUGAAUUCUGUUGGUUCCUUUCUUUUCCUUUAUGUAGCAGCCUCCAGCAUGAAUGCACGCACACGCCAGUGAUGGCAUUAAGCCAUGGCCACCACGAUUUGCAAAUGUUCUCUCCCAAGCUGGAGCUGCUCUUGCCUCUCGAAAUGCUAUUAUUAAGGGUUUAUAAUACUUAAUUUAAUUUUCGAACUGACCAAUGCAAGGCUCUAUUAAAAAGAAAGUUUAAAAAAUGCAAAAGAGUUAUCAUUGCUUGUUUGCUCCCUAUUGUCAUCUGUGGUCUCAUUUGAAUGUGGCAGAACAAAGGCCCUUUGGUCCUCACCACUGUCUGAAAUGUUCAGUAAUUUCUCUCUCUUUUGUAUCAGUGAGGUCCUUUGUAAUCUGCUCCUGACCUUUCUUGGAGCAGGGUGCAUUGAAACUCAAUGGUGGUGCUUGCUUGCUUCAGAGUCAUUUGUUGACUGUGAGAAUUGGCCUAAGAAUUUGGUGGGUGCUAAGUGGAUGGCUUUGAAACUGUUCUUCUUUAGCCCAGUUGACACCCAUGAAUGAUGACCAGUCCUGAUCAUUUUGGAAAUGGAUGUGUAAUAAAAUGUCCAUCACCUCUGCAGUGGCAGAGAUGGUUACUAAGAGCCUCUAGAGCGAGCAGGUUUUCCAAGAAGUAACCUGAAGACAUUUUGCUCCCAAGAAGGACUGGUUAUUUAAAAACAGUGCAUUAAUGGACAUUUGAAACACAUCAAACCCCUUUCUCAUUUCAAUUGUUAUCUCCUAACACUCCAGGGGAUCCCAAAUUUGAAAGGAAAAACCCGGCCUGGUGUUUCUGGUGGUGUCCUAACAAGCACGCUUUUAUCCAGGGUUCAGAGUUGGACAUGUAGAAAAAGAGUUUCUAAGCCACUGACAAUAUUUUUUUUUUUGGAAUUUCAAAUUAUACUUCUUUCUCCUGCCACAUGACUGUAAGUCAUAGACAUGGAAACCUGAAAUUAUAAUGCUGCUCCUAGCUACUGGCCUCCUGCCCCACCCAUGGUUAAUGGCUCAGCUCAAUGCCUGGUGGUAAUGAGUAUUAUGUCCAGAAAAAGAGAUGUUCAGAUUCCAUGACAAAGCUGCAUUUUUGUAAAAAUAUUGGAGACCCCAAAAUGAACUUCAUGCUGACCAUUUCGUCCUCUCUGUGUGCUUUCCCUUGCAAAGCCCUUCAAAUAUCCUCUUCUCUCGACGCCAUCUCCUCUCCACCUGCACCUCUUGUGCCCUUUGUACAUCUUUGAUUGCCUGAUGAUAACAGGGUAAAAGGACAGCCAACCUCAUGCCUGAUUAGCAGAACCGAAUCCUAGUUUUAAAAAAUCUUCUCUGGCUUCAGAGAAGAUUUUAUAAGGACUUUUGUUUGGGAUAAGCUUUCCAGAUUAUCCAUGUCUAUUUGCAUCAAAGGGGAAAGAAAUGGGGCUUUUGGAUGGCUCUUCCAGUGCAUUCGGAACAUUGCCUCUUGCCUUUAUUCCUGCAUUUUAUGGCAAAGCCAAAAGAAAGAAACUCAAGUUGCAAGAACAAAACCCAGUGACCAGUUUUGAUGGUUCAAAAUGAUUUCCUUUAUGGAAGUCACUUCAUAAAAGGUUAAAUAAAAAGUGGGAAGUGCUUUUGUCUUCUCUUUUGCAUGAGUUGCUUUUAGGAGCAGGAAGAAGGUAGGCAAAGUAAGAUAAAGAUGCAACACAUUUAACUACAAAAAUCAGGUUCAUUUUUUAGUUUAUUAGAAUUUUUUUGAAAUCUUAAGAGGGCCAGCAUUUCUGGCUACAAUUUUGCACCCAGAACAUUGCCAAAAUGAAGAUUCAGUAAAUAGAACCUGAUUGAAAUUUACUCCUGGAAGCUUUCCUUUGCAUUUUCGGGAAGUGGCCGCCUGCCAAGCGCAAGAGUUGGGGGGCAGGAGGGGAGGACUCAAAUUCUGGGUGUCUGGAUUAAAUUUCGGUGAACAUGGUGAUAUCUCAGUUUGAAAACUAGAGGGCCUAUCCUGAGUAUACAUUAAUGACUCUUUGAUGGCCUACUUUCCUCAGUGAGGAUCUUUGGGAAUACUUGAGAUGGAACAACAGAAAUGUGUGAAAGGAAGCAGAAACUUCUUGUAAAUAACGUGACCUCCCAUGACGAACUGCCUGAGGCUUCAGGGUUUUUUCUUGCUUUUAACACUCUUAAAUCUCCUCUGUUGGUUCCUAAUAGAUCCCAGAAAAGGGAAAAAUAAAGCUGCAGUUAACUUUCUUAUGUGCAUCCUUCCAAUAUAGUACUGUAUUCUUCAGGUGUUUUGCAUUUAACAUAAAAGUCCUCGGGAAACAGGUGUCAAAAACAGAGAGAGAAAUCCUGGGCCAUCACUUCACAAAUAUCCCAAACAAGAUAUUCUUUUCAAACAGGGCUCCCUCUCCGUGGUCACGAGGGAAGGUUGAUAAUGUUCUUUGUUGGGGACUGUUUAUACAAUUUUUUUUCAACUGUGAGCUUUGGAAUCGUAACUUGCUGUGAGUCCAGCUUCUGUCUACUGCCAUAAGAUGGACCCCACGUCAGCAUAAUGAGGGUGGUAUAUAUGCUCGCACCUAGACACGCGCAUAUGUACCUGUCGUACCUUCACGGAAGGAAAACAGGCUACUGACGUUUCGGAGGAGUAGCCACCAGUGCCUAAUAUCUUUUGGGGGGGAUGGAUGCUUAUAAUUGCCAGUAUAUUGAAACCACACUGGGAGUUCCACACAGCGGGGAGGGGUUGGGGGUGGGCAGAGGGGACAUUUUAAACCUAGGCCUUUGGACUGGAAGCAGAAUGAUUUCUGCAAACCUAGGUCCUGAAGGCUUUGGGGCUUAUUGGCUGGUUCUCAACCUUUUUGUUUUUUCUUCCCAGCAUGCAUUUCCUGUCUAAACCCAGACUUAGUUUAAUUUCCUUAUCUUUCACUUCUGCUUCAUUCCAGGGAGGAAAAAUACACCUGUUAAUGGCCAAGAUCUCCUUGCUAACACAGAGGCAAAAAUAAAUGUCUAAUGUUUUUGAAGCCUCCCCUUCCUUUCCACAAGCCCCCACCCGCCCCCGCGUCAAGCUCCUUCUCCCACUUCCUACUCCCACGCAACUUCCCAGCCACUGAAACUUUUCUUUCAAAUCUCUAUUAUCCUCUUAACAGUUGCUUGAAUAAAUUUAUUUUUGCACUAUACAUUUUCUUUUUGCCAGAUGUGUCUAACAAGUGUGUUUGGAGAGACCUACUCCCAGCCCCGUCUCCUUCCCCGCCUCCCCCCGUCACAUUCUCUCAGGCCUUCUCUGGUAUUUAUAAUAUAUCACAGAAGUACCCAGUCUUAUAGCCCUCGGUUAUGCCUUUUUUUGACAUUUUAUUUUUUUUAAGCUUUUUAUAUAUAUAUAUAAAUAUAUUACUUUGUCAAGUUUUUUUGCUGUACAAAAGUCUUAAGAUUUAAAACUAUUAUUUGUAUUAUAUGAUGGUGGUAUGUUAAUGUUACAAAAUUAUUAAUGAAGAAAAAAUUUAUUUUUGUUACUGGUCUGUUUCAUAAUUCUUUUUUAAAUUGGUAUAUUGUAAGAUAUCUAUGCAAAAAAUGUUAUGUGACGCAUUUUUAUUUAAGAAUGUAAUAUGUGUAAUAAACAGUAGAAUGUGUUUGGCCUUGGAA